UUAUCAGAGCUUGACCUUCUCUUCAAUAGGGAUGUAAUUUCUUUCUUUUCCUCCCCAGAGUUGGACAAUGGACAAGACAAUAUACACCCACAUAUAACAUCAUGCAGUGGAGAGAAGUCCCAUCUGUGUUUACAUUGCAGUAAGACAUUUACAGAUGAGAACACUCUUAUACUACAUCAGAAAACACACCAGGUCGACUAUGAGCUUACUAGCCACCUUCGAACACAAACUCAAGAGAAACCUUUCAACUUUUCCCAGUGUGACAAGGAUUUUCCUUGCCAAAGUAAUCUAGGAAAGCAUCUAAGGACGCAUACAGGUGAAAAGCCUUUUCAAUGUUCCCAUUGUUGUAAGACAUUUUCUCAAAAGAAUGAGCUUACUAGCCACCUUAGAACACAUAGAGGAGAAAAACCCAACAAGUGUUCCCAGUGUGAUAAGGUUUUUACUUGCCAAAGUAAUCUGACUACCCAUUUAAAAACACACAGUGGAGAAAAGCCUUACCGAUGUCCCAAUUGUGAUAAAGGAUUUUCUGAAAAGAAUCAUCUUACUCGUCACCUUAGAACACAUACAGGAGAGAAACCAUUUAAGUGUUCUCAGUGUGAUACAGAUUUUGGUCGAAGAAGUUCCCGUAUUAGACAUUUAAGAACACACAGUGGAGAAAAGCCUGAUCAAUGUUCCCAUUGUGAUAAGACAUUUGCUCAAAAGACUCAUCUUACUAGCAACCUUAUAAGACAAACAGGAGAGAAAGCCUUCAAGUGUUCCCAGUGUGAUGAGGGUUUUUCGGAAAGAAGUACCCUCAUUAGACAUCUUAGAACACAUACAGGAGAGAAACCGAACAAGUGUUUCCAGUGUGAUAAGGUUUUUACUUGCCAAAGUAAUCUGACUACCCAUUUAAGAACACACAGUGGAGAAAAGCCUUACCGAUGUCCCAAUUGUGAUAAAGGAUUUUCUGAAAAGAAUCAUCUUACUCGUCACCUUAGAACACAUACAGGAGAGAAACCAUUUAAGUGUUCUCAGUGUGAUACAGAUUUUGGUCGAAGAAGUUCCCUUAUCAGACAUUUGAGAACACACAGUGGAGAAAAGCCUGAUCAAUGUUCCCAUUGUGAUAAGACAUUUGCUCAAAAGACUCAUCUUACUAGCCACCUUAUAAGACAAACAGGAGAGAAAGCCUUCAAGUGUUCCCAGUGUGAUGAGGGUUUUUCGGAAAGAAGUACCCUCAUUAGACAUCUUAGAACACAUACAGGAGAAAAACCCAACAAGUGUUUCCAGUGUGAUAAGAUUUUUACUUGCCAAAGUAAUCUGACUACCCAUUUAAGAACACACAGUGGAGAAAAGCCUUACCAAUGUCCUAAUUGUGAUAAAGGAUUUUCUGAAAAGAAGAAUCUUACUCGUCACCUUAGAACACAUACAGGAGAGAAACCAUUUAAGUGUUCUCAGUGUGAUACAGAUUUUGCUGAAAGAGGUACCCUUAUUAGACAUUUAAGAACACACAGUGGAGAAAAGCCUGAUCAAUGUUCCCAUUGUGAUAAGACAUUUGCUCAAAAGACUAUUCUUACUAGCCACCUUAGAAGACAUACAGGAGAGAAGCCUUUCAAGUGUUCCCAGUGUGAGAAGGGUUUUUCUCAAAGAAGUCUACUUACAAGACAUUUAAGAACACAUAGUGGAGAAAAGCCUUUUCGAUGUCCUAAUUGUGAUAAAGGAUUUUCUGAAAAGAAGAAUCUUACACGUCACCUUAGAACACAUACAGGAGAGAAACCAUUUAAGUGUUCUCAGUGUGAUACAGGUUUUGCUCAAAGAGGUACCCUUAUUAAACAUUUAAGAACACACAGUGGAGAAAAGCCUUAUCAAUGUUCCCAUUGUGAUAAGAUAUUUGCUCAAAAGACUAUUCUUACUAGCCACCUUAGAAGACAUACAGGAGAGAAGCCUUUCAAGUGUUCCCAGUGUGAUAAGGGUUUUUCUCAAAGAAGUCACCUUACGAGACAUUUAAGAACACACAGUGGAGAAAAGCCUCAUUGAUGUUUCCAUUGUGUACUAGAAAAAAAACAUAAAAAUGUCCCAAUUGUUAUAUCAGAUUUUCUUAUAAAAAGGAUGUUAUUAGCUAGCUUAGAUAACAUUCAGGGGGAAACCCUUUAAUUGUUCCUUUUGUGAUACAGGUGUUUCUGAACGAGGCCAUCUUACCUGUCAUGUUUAUAGGACACACACACUAGAGAAAAACCUUAUAAAUGUUGUGAUUGUAAUAAGAUUUUUUUUUUAUAAAAGGGAUGUUACUAGCCACCGUAGGACCAUACAGGAGAGAGACACUUCAAGUGCUCACAAGGCAUAUAAGAACACUCAUAAACCCUAUAGAUGUUACAAUUGUAUUAAGAGAUUUUCUUUUAACACUAAUCUCACUGGUUAUCUGAGAAUACAUACUGGAGAAAAGCCAUUUAAUGUUCACUUUGUUCUAAAAGGGAUUGUUAUUGUUCAUACAGUCAUGAUCUUGCUAAUUGCCUGAUAACACACGGAGUAGAAAUGCCAUAUAAAUGUUGUAAAUAUAAUAAAAGAAUUUUGUUGUUUAAGUGAUUUUAAAAAAAUAUAUAAUUCUAAGUUUAUUGCUUCAAAUCUGAAUACAUAAAAAUCAGUUUGUGAAGGACAUUUACAUAAUAAGGAGUGGUACAUUAUGAAAUAUAGCUUACAGAAUACAUUGAAGAUAACAUUGAUAACAAUUUUACAUACUUGUUUUGCCAUUUCAAUGUAUGUUCAGCAUUUGUCCUUGUUUAUGGCAAUAACCCUUUCCACUUUUUCUAAAUAAAUCAUUUCCAACUUGAGCUGUAUAAAUCUUAAGUUAUUUUCUUUGCAUUUUUUUUGAAAAAUAAAGUGUUGACCAUACAUAACAAAA